AUGUAUCUAAUAUCAUUUUUCUCCAAUGAUUUAUUAAAUCGUAAUCCGGGACAUCAAUUUGUGGUCGAGGAAGAGUUAUCUUUUCUUAUUAACACUGUCUUGAAGUCCAUUGAAUCAGGUCAACUGGAGACGUGGAUUUAUUGCACAGUGGAAGAGCACAAACCAUUGGUUUGGGUCUCGCAUCCGUUAAUUGGUCUUUGA